AUGCCUGAAUCCCGCGAAGACUCUGUCUACCUCGCCAAGCUCGCUGAGCAGGCUGAGCGUUACGAAGAGAUGGUUGAAAACAUGAAGCGCGUCGCCUCAUCAGAUCAGGAGCUUACCGUCGAGGAGCGCAAUCUUUUAUCUGUCGCAUACAAGAACGUUAUUGGUGCCCGUCGUGCCUCCUGGAGAAUCGUCUCGUCAAUCGAGCAGAAGGAGGAGUCGAAGGGUAACGAGGCUCAGGUGUCGAUGAUCAAGAGCUAUCGCGAGAAGAUCGAGAGCGAACUCGCCAAGAUCUGUGAAGACAUUCUCGACGUUCUUGAGAAGCACCUUAUCCCUUCUGCUGCCUCCGGCGAGUCGAAGGUCUUCUACCACAAGAUGAUGGGUGACUACCACCGGUACCUUGCCGAGUUCGCCACUGGCGAUAAGCGCAAGGACAGCGCCGAUAAGUCACUAGAGGCAUACAAGGCCGCUUCCGAUGUUGCUGUCACCGAACUCCCUCCUACACACCCGAUUCGUCUUGGUCUGGCCCUCAACUUCUCUGUCUUCUACUACGAAAUCCUCAACAGCCCCGACCGUGCCUGCCAUCUUGCUAAGCAAGCUUUCGAUGAUGCUAUUGCUGAACUCGACACACUGUCAGAAGAGAGCUACAAGGAUUCGACCCUCAUCAUGCAACUCCUUCGUGACAACCUGACUCUUUGGACUUCUGACAUGCAGGAUUCUGCCGAUAAGCCAGCUGAUGCGAAGGAGGAUGCCCCGGCCGACGAGUAG